CUCAAGGCGAGAUCUUGAAUUUAGGGUAUCCCGUUUCUUGCUACUUAGGCGCUCUCUCACACUCGCUACCGGCUCUCUGCAGCCGCGCACUCUCCUGCUUUACUCCCCUCCUGUUCAUGUAUAAAUCCCCUCAUCAGGAUUCCCCACCAGCUUUUAUCCCGCCUUUGCUUGCUCCUGCUGCAGCGACCAGCCAUGGAUCCCGCCUCUCCCCGCCGCCAGCCGCCGCUGCCCCUGCUGGUUCUCCUCCUAGCAGUGGCGGUGCGGGCAAAUCUCACGGAUCUGACUCUCAACCGCUCAGAUCUGGAGGCCCGGGACCGGCUCGUGGGAAUGCAUCUGGGAGCACGAGCGGAGGUCAGCAAGGUGGGGAAGUGUCUGCAGUUUCAGGGCGGAAUAGCGAGGGUGGAUCGUCAACGGCGAGCGGCGUUUCGGGGCUUGAUAACGCAGGAAACUCUAGCAGCGGUAUUGCCGGCGGCAGCGGCGGCGUCGUGAGCGCGAACGCGGGAGCGAAUUCGGCAUUAGCAGCAGCGAUGGGCAGGUCCGGUGGUACAGGCAGUGUUAAUGCCCAGUCGAACGCCACGCGCGGUGGCGGCGGUGGCAGCAGCGGAAGCUCGUCUGGCAUUCCAAAUGCGCUCAAUCCAAUGGCGAACGAAUUUGUGCCAGUUACCGUCUUCCAACCCGCAGCGCGCCCGCUGCAGCCUCAGCAGCAGUGGCAGCAGGGACGGCUCCCCGCUCAGCCUCAAGCCGACGGGUGGGAGCAGGUCAGGAGCGACGGCAGGUCGGGCGGAAGGGGCGGCCGGGGGAGGGGCAGGGGCGGGCUGAGCGCGAGCUUUGCGGACGGGGGCGGAGGAGCGAGAGGGGGGGAGAUGGGCAGAAGCGGGAGGGGGAGAGGCGGCAGGGGGGCGUACGGUGGAAGUCGAGGGGGAGGAGGUGGUGGGCGAGGGGGAGCGGGAAGGUCGCGAUGGGGCGCAAGCGAGGCAGGCAUGGAGGUAACGUCAGACGAGGGAGGGCGAGGGGCAGUAGACGCCGCUGCUGCCGCUGCCGCUGCUGCUGCCGCUGCUGGCGAUGGUGAUGGAGGCGGAGGAGGCGGAAGCAGGGGAGGAGGGAGCGGCAGUGCGACAGUGGCAGCGGGGGCAGACGCAGCAGCAGCAGCAGGGGCAGCAGGGUCAGCGUCGGCAACGGCGAGUGGGGGGCGGGGGCGCAGGGGCGUACAGAUGCAGGCGAACCACCUGCUCAACUUCCAGCCGUACCAGCCCACCACCGCACGAGGCGUGGGGGCAAUGGUGGGCGGGUCAGGGUGGACGAGCGGCGGAGGAGGGUCGGGCCGGUGGCGGCAGCAGCAGCAGCGCAGUCGAGCACACCGGUCGUUCAACCGAGACUUGUUUCUGCAGGCGAACUGUCGGUUCCUGGUGUCGGACUGCGGCGACUACAACAGCGACCUUGCUGACGCCGACCGCAUGCCCGACUGGGCUGACGUGGCGGCCGUCGAAAUUACCGAGAUCGCUGACUGGCAAUGGGGCGCGCAUGGGGAUGGGGGCGGGGGGCAGCAGAAGGAGCAUAAGGACGGUGAUGCAGGGGAGGAUGUGGGGGGAGGGCGGAAGGAGGGGGCAGCAGGGGAGGAUAGCAUAGCUGGCGGGGCCAGUGGCACCUUGUCGUGCCCCAUCUGUCUUGAGAGCCCCCCCCUCUGCCCCCAGAUCACGGCAUGCGGCCACGUGUUCUGCCACCCCUGCAUCCUGCGCCACUUCGCCACGCCCGACGCGCGCCACCCCGACGCGCCCCACAUGCGUCCCGCCACCGCCGCCAACGCUGCCGCCGCCGCUGCUGUGGCGCGCGCUGUGGCUGCAGGAGGCAGCCCGCAGAGGGCCCUGCGGACCCUCUCUGGCACAGGCAGUGCGCAGGAGAGCGCAGCAGUGGCAGCAGGGGGAGCAGGGGGAGCGGCGGGCUGGGGUGGCAGAGGCGCUGGGAGAGGAGCAGCAGGAGCAGCAGCAGGGCGGGGUGUCGGGCGAGGUGGGCGAGGUGGGGGUGGGAGAGCGGCAGCGGCAGCAGGUGCUGCAGCAGCGCCGGUGGUGCUGCCAUCGGCGGGGCUGGCGUCGUCGGCAGUGCAGCGUUUCAAGCGGUGCCCGCUGUGCUUCGCGUCCAUCGGGUCCCAGGAGCUGCGCACCGUCACCAUCCGCCCCGUGCCCGCUCCCCGUGUCGGCCACAUGCUGCGAUUUGUGGCGCUCAUGCGCUCCAAGUCGUGCGUGGUGCCCUUCGAGAUGCACCGCCACCACCACCAGCACUUCUCCCUCGCCUCACUGCCCUUCUCCUCCUGCGGCCGCUGCCACCCCUACUCCAAGCUCACGCUCACCGCUGACUCGGGCGCAGCGGCGGUGGCGGACGCGGCGGUGCGCGCGCUGCUGCGGUGCGUGGAGGAGGCGAAUGAGAGGGGUGGGGAGGAGCUGGAGCAGCUGCCGUACGUCAUGGACGCCGUCAACCAGCUGCUCGACCGCCACCAGGCGUGGGUGGAGCACCGGCAGAUGGCAUUCGUGGCGGCUAGCCCAUCCCAGCAGAAGGGGCUGCUCUCGCUCCUCAAGCUGCCCAUCGACCUCCCCCCACCCCCCUCUCGCCGUCCUCCGCCCCCUCCGCCUCUCUCUCCGCUUCCUCGCCCUCGUCCCAUCGCAUCACCUCCCCUCGCACUCACCCCUCCUCCUCGUUUCUCCCCACCAGUCCCCGUGCUGUGGGCAAGCGCAUGGGUGCAUUGAAGUUAGAGGGAAGACGAGGGGCCGGGAAGGAAGAGGCUGGGGAGCACAAGGGGGGCGAGAAACCCGCAGAACCGGCACAAGGCACUGGGGAUGCGGCAUGUGGGGAGGUG